UGAUCGAGAAAAUUCUUGCGGUGAGGCUGCUUUAACAACAAUACUGCAACAAAAUGGAAUACGACGAAGAUUUCCUUUUCGAAGAAGAUAAAAUGUUUGUUUCUAUCCAGUAGUAACAAUUAAUGUAUCUUUGCCUUUUUCUGCCGAAUUUUCAGUUUUUAUGUGUGCCUUUUAUUUUUGCACUCUUCACGCAUCAUUCGUUGUCACUUACGUGUUGGAUCAGUUUGACGUUUGAUGAGAUCUCAUUGAUGAAGAGUCCAUGCAAUAAACAGCAGGACAUCAACGAAAUUGAUAUAAUUGAUAUAACAGAUGCAGAAAGCACUAUGCCUUUGGCAGGCACUGAUAUGUUUCAUUCGUCAAUGAUUGAAGAUCGCAUACCAGACAUUGAUCUUGUUGCACAAGAUGAGUCGCCUUUUUUCUUUCAACAAGAUCAGAUGGGUAUGGCCAUUACAUCUGGAAAUGUGGUCAUCGACAAGGAUAAUAGUAACUUGAUAGGCAUCAGUAUUGGGGGUGGAUUCCCUUUCUGUCCUUGUCUCUAUAUUGUUCAAGUUUUUGACAAUACUCCAGCUGCACUAGAUGGUACUUUAGAAGCUGGAGAUGAACUUGUUGCAGUAAAUGGUGAAUGUUUAAAAAGAAAAACAAAGGUUGAAGUAGCAAAGAUGAUUCAAGCUUGUGGACCUAAAGUCAGCAUAAUAUAUAACAAACUUCAUGCUGAUGUUCAACAAGGGCGUUCCUUAGAUAUUAUUCUCAAAAAAGUAAAGCAUAGAUUAGUAGAAAGUAUGGGUAAUACAACUGCUGAUGCUUUGGGUUUGUCAAGAGCUAUUUUGAGAAAUGACACUCUUGUUCAGAGGCUGGCAGCCCUUGAAAAGACUGAAAAUUUAUAUAAAGGGCUUGUUGCACAUGCUAAAUCAGUUUUACAUGCCUUUUUUGAUCUAUUUCAAAUUUACAAAAUAUAUGGAGAUGCAUUUGCCUCAAUGGGUGUAAAAGAACCUCAACACAGAGCAAGUGAAGCUUUUACUAAAUUUGGGGAACAACACAGACAGAUGGAAAAAAUUGGAAUUGACAUGUUGAAAACCAUUAAACCAAUUUUGAGUGACCUUGGAACUUAUCUCAAUAAAGCUAUUCCAGAUACUCGUAUGACCAUAAGUAGAUAUGCUGAUGCAAAAUUUGAGUACUUAUCCUAUUGUUUAAAAGUAAAAGAAAUGGAUGAUGAAGAACAAAGCUACGAAUCCAUUCAAGAACCUUUGUACAGAGUAGAAACAGGAAAUUAUGAAUAUAGAUUAAUUUUGAGAUGCAGGCAAAAUGCUAGAUUAAAAUUUGCUAAAUUAAGAUCAGAUGUUCUAGUAAAAUUAGAGUUACUGGAUAACAAACAUAUUGAAGAUGUUGUUGUACAGUUACAAAAAUUUGCUACUGGACUAGGAGAUUAUUACAACAAUUUAUCAAAACUUGUUUCAGAAAGUAUAUUCUUUCCAGUUGAAAUUGAUUUAGCUCAGACUACUUUUCUGUACAAACGACCAGGAGAAGUAACAGCUUAUGAAGAUGAAGAAGAGACAGAGGAAGCUAGAGGCUUUGACCCAAGUAAAAUAUUGGACUUUGAUGUAGCUGAAGAAGCAACACCUUCAAAUACCAAUCCUGAAAAUUUUACAACAGAUCCAAAUAAAAAAUCAAGUGGAGUAUCAGAUUUGAGUGAUUUAUUAGAUUUAAGUGGAUUUUCAGAUAUGAAUGAAAAAUUUGAGCAGUUAUUACAAAUUGAAGAUCAAAAGAAAUCAGACUCCGAGCCAUUAAUAUCAAUGGAAUCUGAAAAAGUCAAAGCUUCCAAAGAUGAAAAUGAUUUAUUUCAACCAUUAUUAAGUUUAAAUGAUAAACAGAAUAAUUCUUUAUUCCUCAAUAAGAAUAAUAAUGCUGAGUUGAAUUCCCCAGGUGAUCAAAAAAAUACACUUGAUUCAUUGAUGUUUAUGGACUCUCAACGCGAAGAGUCUCUCAUUAAAAUAGAAACUAAUUAAAUAUUCAUCUAUAAUGGCUUUUAUAAAUGUGAACUUUUUCAUAGAAUUUGAUAUAACUUCUUGUAAAUUACAUAAAAGUUGUUCGACGUCAACAGCCACCAUACAUUCCAAAGAUUUAUGUAAAUAAAUAAACAAAUAAAUAUAUUUAUUAAUCAUGAAAA